UUGCGCUCAGCCACCCUUCGCUCUACCACAGCAAAAUCCCAAGCAGCGCAGCACUCCCACUCACCUGCUCCCGCAGCAGAAUCCUGAACCAGCAGGAACUCCGAGAGAAGGCAGAAAAGAGAAUACCCGUUUCUGAUUGGGCAGUUCGCGUUGUCCCGCCCACCCAUUCUACACGCCCCUGCGUUCCUGAGAGGUUGAGCUUGACUGUCCAUCUCAGGCGCAUCUGUCGAAGAUAUUGCCGUUCCUUUGACUGCGGCAUGCACAUGCGCCGUACCACUACCCAACUUCAAUUGCGCAUGCGUGGGUCCAGCUGGGCUCCUGCUCCGGGCUCGAGUCGGAAGCCGUGUUGCGCAUGGGUAUUUAAGCCACGCUCUGGAUUCUGACCAAUGUAAACUGUUUUGGGGGCUGAAUAGUUGAAAAGCAACUCGUACAUGAAAAUAUGUAAUGAAUCAGUUGGAGCUCAGCCGUUUACUGUGGUUGAUUGCUGGACAUUAAACCUUAGUUGCUGUUGAAUUGGAAGAAACAAGUUCAGAUGGGCACACAAUCAGUUCCUACAGACUAGGCUACAAAAUGGUACACUGGCAAAAGCAGAAAGACUAACAAAGCAUGCUGCAAUAGAUCUUCUGUUAUGGAAGGCAACAGCAGAAUUGAGUGCAUCUUUUUCAGUGAAUUUCACCCAACACUUGGACCUAAAAUAACAUACCAGGUCCCAGAAGAUUUCAUUUCCCGAGAGCUCUUUGAUACCGUUCAGGUAUACAUCAUCACCAAACCUGAACUGCAAAACAAGCUCAUUACAGUUACAGCUAUGGACAAAAAACUAAUUGGCUGCCCGGUUUGUAUUGAGCACAAGAAAUACAGCCGGAACGCUCUGCUCUUUAAUCUCGGCUUUGUUUGUGAUGCUGGAGCUAAAACCUGCGCCCUGGAACCCCUUGUGAAGAAACUGGCAGGUUAUCUCACCACUCUGGAGCUUGAGAGUGGCUUCAUCUCCAAUGAUGAGAGCAAGCAAAAGCUGAUACCCAUAAUGACCAUCUUGCUUGAAGAACUGAAUGCCACUGGCAAAUGCACUCUGCCAAUAGAUGAAUCAAACACCAUUCACCUGAAAGUGAUAGAGCAACGCCCAGAUCCCCCUAUUGUGCAGGAAUAUGAUGUUCCUGUUUUUACCCAAGAUAAGGAUGACUUCUUCAAUUCCCAGUGGGACCUCACCACUCAGCAGAUCCUGCCGUACAUUGAUGGAUUUCGGCACGUUCAGAAAAUCUCAGCUGAAGCAGAUGUGGAGCUAAAUUUGGUUCGAAUUGCCAUCCAGAAUCUGUUAUACUAUGGAAUAGUGACUCUUGUUUCCAUACUUCAGUAUUCAAACGUGUAUUGUACUACUCCCAGAGUUCAGGAUCUGGUAGAUGAUAAAUGUCUCCAAGAAGAUUGCCUUUCAUAUGUUACAAAGCCAGGUCACAAACGAGCAAGUCUGAGAGAUGUUUUCCAGCUGUACUGUGGACUGGCCCCUGGCACAACUGUUCGAGACCUUAUUUGUCGCUAUACAGUCCAACUCCAGAGAGUGGAUGAAAGGAAGCUCAUCCAGUUUGGUUUGAUGAAAGGUCUCAUUCAGCGGCUUCAGAAGUAUCCUGUGAAAAUUGCUCAGGAUGAAAGAAGUCACCCGGCACGACUCUACACAGGCUGCCAUAGCUAUGAUGAAAUCUGCUGUAAAACAGGCAUGAGUUAUCGGGAGUUAGAUGAGAGGCUGGAAAAUGAUCCCAAUAUAAUUGUUUGCUGGAAAUGAGCCUAUCCAAGAAAGCAGAUGUUUCUUCAUCAUGCCCUGUAAACAGUUGCUUGAGCCACCUUGGACUUUGAGAUGACUUGAGGAUCUCUUGGAGAGUAGCAUCACUCCUGUUUAUGAGAUUGCACAUUUUCAACUCAGCGUUGCUUGGAAAGGAUGAGUUAGGUGGACUUGGAUUGCUAACUGAGGACAAAGUAUGGAUCCCAUUUCUCCAUAAUAAUAUCUCAGCAGCUGUUUAUUUUUGAAACAGGAGAGGUGUAAGAAGAGGUUAACCACUCAUCCACCCAUCCAGUUCGUCAACAUGUGCCUUCCUAAUGCUACUUUUCUGCUACGAAAAUCUUUGGAGGGUUUCUAUUCACACAUUUGUUGUUUGUUCCUGAGUGUUGGAAAAUUCCAAUCUGUUGCUGUCUCCACCCUCUUUGCCUUUAGGUGGAUGCUCAUUUGCUAUCUGCAGAAGUGACUUCUGGAAACUAUUCCUUUUAAUGGGAAAGAUCAGAAUGGCCCAGCUUCUUUGAAACUUUUUACAGUGUUCACAGUCCAUCCUUACUUGUUUCCAGCCAAAGGAGUCCAUUCCAAUAUCUGCUGUUAUGAGCCUUGUAUUAGUACUGUGCUGAUGUCUGCAGUAAAGCACUGAAUGAAAAAAGUACCAUAAUAAAAUUGCACAAAUGAA